AUGAAAGACAAAUACGGAAUAAAGAUGAAUUACAUGAAAGCAUGGCGUAGUAAAGAGCGAGCACAAACCCAGCUACCUGGAAAUGCUAAAGAGUCGUACAAUCUCUUGCCAAGAUACCUGUACAUGCUACAGAAAACAAAUCCAGGAACAUUAAUAGACAUAGAGAAAGAUGAUGAUGACAGUUUCAAAUAUGCAUUUGUUGCAUUGAAUGCUGCUAUAAAAGGUUGGCCAAACUGCAAACCAAUCAUCGUGGUAGACGGUACAUUCCUAAAGGCCGCGUAUGGAGGCACGUUGCUCACUGCCAACACACAAGAUGCAGAAUCUAAAAUUUUUCCACUAGCAUACUGCAUAGUUGAUUCUGAGAACGAUAAAUCGUGGGAGUGGUUCUUAAAAAAAAUAAGAGAAGCAUUCGGGGUUCGAGAAUGUCAAUGCCUAAUAUCAGACAGACAUGAAAGCAUCAUCAAAGCAACUAGGAAAGUGUUCCCUGAAAUAACACAUGGCUACUGCAUCUUCCACCUCUUGUCGAACCUCAAAACAAAAUUCAAGAAAAAUGCAAAGCAUUUCAGAGUGCCAUUCUUUGCAGCUGCAAAAGCUUACACAGAAAUGGAGUUUGAAUUCCAUAUGAGGGAGCUAGACAACUUGGAUAAGCGCAUAAGACCGUACCUGGAGAAAAUUGGCCAUGAAAAAUGGUCAAGGUAUCAUUCAGAAAACAACAGGUACUCUACCAUGACAUCAAACAUAGCUGAGGCACUGAACUCAGCAAAUUUAGCAACAAUGGAAACACCAGUGACAACAUUAAUGGAGUGCUUGAGGGCACAAAUGCAAGAGUGGACAUACAAUAAUAGAAAGGAGGCACAAAAAUGCACAACAAGGCUGACACCAUCAUCUGAGAAAAAACUCAUAGGGAACUAUGUGAAACCAGCAAACCAGAACCUGUUUGAGGUGAUAGAUGAAGACAGAACAAGAAUAGUAAACUUGAAGGAGAAGACGUGCACAUGCAAUAGAUUUCAAAAAGAUGAAAUGCCAUGUAACCAUGCAGUCGCCGUCAUGAAGGACUUGAACAUAAACACAUACAACUACUGUGCACAAUACUACACAUCAAAAGCAUGGCUGCAAACAUAUGAAGAAACAGUAUACCCAGUUGGAAACGUAAGAGAAUGGGAACUUCCAGAUUUUUUUGAAGAAAUCAUAGUGUUGCCUCCAAAGGAGAGAAUCAAGUCUGGAAGGCCGAGGAAAAGCAGAAUGGCAGCAGCUUGGGAAACAAAGAAACAAAACAAGUGUGGCAAGUGUGGACAAAAGGGACAUAACAAAAAGACCUGCAGAAGAAUUACAGCAUAG